UUCGACUUUGUCAUCGAGAUCCGGCUCAAGAUCUAUUCGGAACUCCUUGUUCACUCAGAACCCAUCGUCUUCGUAGCGAGCUAUGGCCCUCCGUCACCGCCCCUGUUUCGGUCCAAAAGGGAAGGUCUCUGUCCGGCGCUCCUCCGCGUCAAUAAGAAGGUACACGGCGAAGCCAGCUCACUUUUGUAUUCCAACAACCGCUUUCGAUUUCCUGAUAUUUUUGUUUCGACGCCAUCUGCCACGGACAGUCCUCACAUCGCCCCAUUCCUUCGCCAGAUCGGAUCCCAAGCAAGCCUUAUUCGCCACAUCUGCAUUACCUUCCCUACCUUUCACGAUUUCCGGCAUGAGGGAGCUAUGCUUCACGAAGCGCAUAUCAAAAAUCUGGAACUCAUCCGAGAUACCUGUACAAGCAUCACUACUCUCGAACUAUUGCUUCCACCAGAUUCCGCGAACUACGCCUUCGACGAUUCGCCUAUCUCUGCAGAGGCACUAGAUUUGCUCGACACGCGCUUCAAGGCUAUCCCAUCACUGAAAGAGAUCAUCGUCAAUUUCCAGGUGUACACCGCAGAGGAUCUAAGCGAAUAUCGGACAAAGAUACGCGACCGUGGAUGGACCGUCGAGGUCACAAAACUCCCGAAGAAAGUUUGGAUCAGUGAUGAUGACCGAGUCGAAUUCGAUAACAAAGAAGAUUGCGAUGCAUAUAAUCAUGAGCAGCUCCUCCUCGAAUGGCAGAGAGAGCAAGAGGAAGAGGACGAGCAGUGGACGGAGGAAUAUUACCGGAGAAGACAUGAUCCCUAUUGGAAGAAUGAUUCGGACUACGAUUGA